AUGAAUUUCAUUCAUUUAUCAAAAAGAUUUUAUUGUAAUAAAAUAAUUAAUAAAAAUGUUUUAGAAAUUUUAAAAGAUACAAAAGAAAAACUUUUAAAAAGUAAUAAUGAAUUAAUUUCAAAUUAUUCAGAAUUGGAGAGUAAAUUAUUAGUUUCUCAUGUACUAAAAAUUAAUGAUCAUAAUGAUCAAUAUCAAUUAUUUAAUAAAAAAGUACAAUCUAGAAUUAUUUCAAAUGAAGAAUAUAAUCAAUUACAAUCAUUUAUUGAAAGAAGAUUAAAUAAUGAACCAAUUAAUUAUAUAAUUGGUUAUAGAUACUUUUGGAAAAAUAAAUUCUUUUGUAAUCAUUCAACAUUAAUACCAAGACCUGAUAGUGAAACUAUAAUUGAAAAAAUUAUUGAAGAAUCAAAAGAAAAAGAAUUAAAAAUUAAAAAAAUAUUAGAUUUAGGUACUGGAACAGGAUGUUUAUUAUUAUCAACAUUAAAUGAAUUUAAAGAUUCAAUUGGAGUUGGUAUUGAUAAAUCAAAUGAAGCAUUAAUAAUUGCAAAUAAGAAUGCUAUUGAAUUAUCAUUAGAUAAAAGAGUUUCACUUUUAAAUUUUGAUUGGAAUAAUUAUGAUAAAAAUCAAAUUUCAAAAUUAUUAUCAUCACCAUCAUCAUCAUCACCAUCGUCAUCAUCAAAUACUAAUAAUGAAAAUAAUGAAAAAUUUGAUUUAGUUAUUAGUAAUCCACCUUAUAUUUCAAAUGAAGAAUUUAAAUAUUUGAAUCCAAUUGUAACAGAAUGGGAACCUAAAACAGCUUUAAUAGCUGAUGAAAAUGGUUUAAAAGAUUAUAAAAGUAUUGCAUCAUUUUUAAAUGAAAAUAAAGAUUCACUCUUAUCUGAUAAUUGUUUAAUCGUAUUUGAAAUUGGUAAAGGUCAAGAAAAAGAUAUUCAAUCAAUAAUGGAAAAUAAAUAUUCAUUUAAAUAUAUUGGUUAUAAAAAAGAUUUAAAUUCAAUAAUUAGAUGUUUAGUUUUUAUGAAAAAAGUAAAAAAAUAA